AUGGUCCGCAUUAAGCACCGCUAUCUCCUCUUCAACAUUCUCUACCCAGACCCCAAUGCACCCGACACCACGACCUCAAAACAACCUACAUCCAACGCCCUCGCCCACGCUCCUUCCAAUCCUCCAGAAAACAAUCUCAUCAACUCUUCCCACCCUCAUCCCAAUGUAACGAGCACACCAAGCUCCACCUCCACCUCCACCUCCACGCGCCCUCCUCUACCGUCUUACGUCCUCUUCUCCCGUCCCAGUCCGAGACACUUGACACCGCAACUCCUCGUCCAAACUCUCCGGAACACAAUAUCCCUAAUCUUCGGCGGCCACGGCCUCGGCGCAACUCAGGCCGGGUUGAAAAUCGUAUAUUUCUCCCCGAGCACGUCGACUUGCAUCCUCCGUGUCCCGCGGGCAUAUUUCAGACUCGUCUGGGCCAGUCUGACCUUUAUGGAUGCCAUUCCUGGAUCUCGAUCUAACCUUGGUGGACGCAAAACUGAAGGUGCAGGUGGUGCUGUUCCCUGUGUCGUGAGGGUGGUUAGAGUCAGUGGGACGAUAAGAAAGAGUGAAGAGGAAGUACUCCGGCGGGCCCGGCGAGACAUUGUGCGUGCGAAACGACAAGGCAUGAGAACAGUUGAUUCGGACAAUGAUGACGGGGAUGUGGGUGAUGCGGCCGCGACGUCGUUAUUGUUGGAUGGCUUGGUGGGAAAGGGCCAGCGAGAAAGAAACACGACGGCUACAGCGACAGGCUUGAGGACUGGGCCAGAACGAAACAAUGAUGACGAUCGAGGAAUCGAGUUUUUCGACGAUGACCAAGACGACGAAGAUGAUGAUAUGGACGACUUAUCGGAAUGA